UCAGCCAUGACACACAUUUGACAUGCCCUCCCUCAACCCUCUCACAGACUGUUUCUCUUGCACUCCAGAAUGGACCAAAGAGAAAUUCUGCAGAAGUUCCUGGAUGAGGCCCAAAACAAGAAAAUUCACAAUGAGGAGUUUACCAGUGAAUUUCUGAAACUGAAAAGGCAAUCCACCAAGUACAAGGCAGACAAAACCUAUCCUACAACUGUGGCUGAAAGGCCCAAGAAUAUCAAGAAAAACAGAUAUAAGGAUAUUUUGCCCUAUGAUCAUAGCCGGGUAGAGCUGUCCCUGAUAACCUUCGAUGAGGAUUCCAGCUACAUCAAUGCCAACUACAUUAAGGGAGUUUAUGGACCGAAGGCUUAUAUUGCCACGCAAGGUCCUCUACCCUCAACUCUUCUGGACUUCUGGAGGAUGAUUUGGGAAUGCAAUGUCCUGAUCGUUGUUAUGGCAUGUAUGGAAUUUGAAAUGGGAAAGAAAAAGUGUGAGCGCUACUGGGCUGAGCUGGGAGAGACGCAGCUGGAAUUUGGCCCUUUCUUGGUAUCCUGUGAAGCCGAAAAAAGGAAAUCUGAUUAUAUAAUCAGGACUCUAAAAGCCAAGUUCAAUAGUGAAACUCGAACUAUCUACCAGUUUCAUUAUAAGAACUGGCCCGAUCAUGAUGUGCCUUUAUCUAUAGACCCUAUCCUUGAGCUUAUCUGGGAUGUGCGUUGUUACCAAGAGGAUGACAGUGUUCCCAUAUGCAUUCACUGCAGUGCUGGCUGUGGAAGGACUGGUGUCAUUUGUGCUAUUGAUUAUACAUGGAUGUUGCUAAAAGAUGGGAUAGUCCCUGAGAACUUCAGCAUUUUUAGUUUGAUCCAGGAAAUGCGAACACAGAGGCCUUCAUUAGUUCAAACUCAGGAACAGUAUGAACUGGUCUACAAUGCAGUAUUAGAAUUAUUUAAGAGACACAUGGAUAUUAUUGGAGAUGAACACUCUGGAAGAGAGACUCAAGCAAAGUAUUCAAAUCCUGAGCAAAAUUCCACUCUACAAUUUGAUUCUUAUUCUCCUAAUUCACCAAAAAGCACUAUAAAAGAAGCAAAAACAAUGAACCAACAGAGCAAACAAAGGGUAAAGCUGGAAAAUGCAGACGCUUCUUCCUUUGGCAAUGUUAGAACUUCUGAAAUAAAUGCAAAGGCAGAGUUAGUUUUGUGUGCUGCUCAAUCAAGCCCUUCAUUUGACUUUUUGGAGCUAAAUUACGGUUGCAAGAAAAAUGCUGACACAACCUUGAAAUGGCAGGCAAUAGCAUUCCCAGUGGUUGGGGAGCCUCUUCAGAAGCAUAAAAGUUUGGACUUCAGCUCCAUUUCUUAUGAGGCAUGUCACAAUUCUGAGCCUGCAAAUGCAACAGGAAAAUAUUUUAACUCAAAGGGGCCAGUAAUGCGGACCAAAUCAACCCCCUUUGAACUGCUACAGCAGGAAAAAACAAGGGAGUUAAACAGCAAGGACAGUUUUUCAUAUUUGGAAUCUCAACCACAUGACUCUCCUCUUGUGGAGUUACAGGCUCAAAAAGUGAUGCAUGUUUCUUCGGAAGAACUGAAUUAUUCACUGCCAUGUGACUCUAAGCACCAAAGGUGUAAUGCUUCUUGUGUGAAGCAGCACGACCCUAGUGCUUUUACUGUGCAUUCUUGCAUGUCUUUAGUAGAAGAUCCUUAUUUUUCAUCAUCGCCUCCAAGUAGUGCUGAUUCUAAGAUGUCUCUUGAUUUCCCUGAGAGGCAAGAUGGAACUGUUUUCCCUGGUUCUUUGUUGCCAGCGUCCUCCACCACCCUCUUUUCUUACUGCAAUUCACAUGAUUCUUUAACACUGAAUCCUUUGACCAGUGUUUCCCUGCCACUGAACCAAGAGACAGACAUAGUAGCAACUUCUCCAAGGAUAGAUGAUGAAAUCCCCCCUCCACUUCCUGAACGGACUCCUGAGUCUUUUAUUGUGGUUGAGGAAGCUGGAGAAUUCCCACCAAGUAUUCCCAAAUCCUUACCUUCAGCUGUGAAGGUAAAAAUUGGAACAUCACUGGAAUGGAAUGGAAUAUCUGAAUCAACGAAAUUUGAUGACUCUGUGACACUUAGGCCAAGCAAGAGUGUAAAACUCCGGACUACCAAAUCAGAUCUACAUCAAGAUUGUUCUUGCCCCCCACCUCCACUCCCAGAGAGAACUCCAGAGUCCUUCCUUCUUGCUGAUGAAGAGUACAUACAGGCACAAUCUACAGGAACUUAUUCUACUAGCUGUCCUGAAAACGUGGAAAACUCAACAUCUCCAAAACAAACAUUGAAGACUCCUGGAAAAAGUUUCACAAGGAGUAAGAGUUUGAAAAUCUUGCGAAACAUGAAAAAGAGUAUCUGUAAUUCUUCACCACCAAACAAACCUGAAGAAUCUGUUCAGUCAAAAAACUCUAGCUCCUUUCUGAAUUUUGGUUUUGGAAAUCGUUUUUCAAAACCAAAAGGACCAAGGAACCCACCACCAACUUGGAAUAUUUAAUACAACUCUGGAUUUAACAAGAAUAUAGACUGCAAGUGCAUUUGUAAAUAAAAGUGUCAGAAUGUUGCUAGUUAAAAUAAGUGCUUUAUACUCAUAAUACCAGUAAUGAAGAUAUGCUGAUGUGUUAAUAUCUUUUAGAAGAAAAGCAAAAGGUGAAAAAAGUGCCAGUAAUUUUGUAUUUUCAUAUUAUUUGCAUUGGGUUAGAAAUUGUCAAUAAAAACUUGUCUCUUGAGUUUAUAUAAAU